AGAUUUUUAAAUUCAAAAUUGUAUCCAGGUAGCACGAAAAAAUAUGUAAAAUAUCAAAACUACAGUGCUUUCUGUAAUAUUUGCUGUGUAAAACAAUUUUUUGCCAAUGUUAAACUUGCUUGAUUAUAUUUUCAAAAACAUAAAUUCGCAUAAAAAUCCCCAGUUUAUUGGUAACAUAUUAUAUUUUAGAAUUGUCCAUCUUACAAUUUAGAAUUGUUGUUUAUCUGUUUUUCAUCUAGUUUUUUUUAAUUAGUACUGAUAUAUUAAUUAUAUACAUAUGUAUUAAUAUGAAUUUUAAAUUUGACAGCAAAAUAAUCUGAAUAAUAUUACACAUUGUAAAAUAUUAGAAUCACACAUAAGAUUUAAAAUUCGCGCCAAAAAUAUUAGACUCGCAACCAUAUUUAUGACAAAUGAAAAUAACGAAAUCCACUGUAAUCCUUUUAGUUUUUGUAUUAAUGUUAUCGAUAUUUGUAGCAAAUGUUGCAGAUCUGAUCAAUGUUGAUAAUCAUGUAUUAGAUGAUACCUUGCAUGACAAGGAUACAAAAAAAGAAUGGUCAGAGCCAAAAUUUUAUGACAUUGGAGAAUCAUUUGACCACCUAAUGUGGUUUUUACAAAUAUCAGAUAUACAUAUAAGCAUAUUUCAAGAUCCAUUUAGGAUAACAGAAUUAAAGGAAUUUUGUAACAUUACAAUAAGCAGCAUUAAACCUUCUGUUGUACUUGCUUCAGGUGAUCUCACAGAUGCAAAAGCCAAGGAUAAAAUGGGAUCAAAACAAAUAUUGGAAGAAUGGCAAUAUUAUAAACGUGUUUUAGAUGAGACUGAAGUUACCAAGAAAACUCUAUGGUUAGAUGUGAGAGGCAAUCAUGAUAAUUUCAACGUACUAAGUCUUAAAUCAAAAAACAAUUAUUAUUCAAACUACUCUAUUCAAGGACAAAAGCACCCAAGGUCUUAUAUGUACACUAUAAAUGCUGAUUCUGAAUUAUAUACAUUUAUUGCAAUAGAUGCUUGUUUAAAACCUGGUCCAAGAAGACCAUUCAAUUUUGUUGGUAUAUUAGAUGAGCAUGAAAUUAAAAGUAUAUAUAAUUUAAUAAAUAAAUCCAAAGAUAACAAUGCAGAUUUUAUAAUAUGGUUUGGUCAUUAUCCCACAUCUUGCAUUCUGUCACAAACUAAUACCAGCAUUAGAAAUAUCAUAGGCCGAUAUAAAGAAAGUAUGGUGUAUCUUUGUGGACAUUAUCAUACACUUGGAGGAGCAGUGCCUAAUAUGUAUACUUUACAGCAAGCAGGAUUUCUUGAACUAGAAUUAGCAGAUUGGAAAGAUAAUAGAAUGUAUCGUUUAGUGGCAAUAGACCAUGGUCAAUUUUCGUUUAUAGAUGUAAAACAUAAAGAAUGGCCUGUAGUACUAAUAACUAAUCCUAAACAUGUUUUAUAUACAAUGCCCAAGAAAGAGAAUAUAAUGUCUAUUAUUAAAUCUACACAUAUUAGAAUUUUGGCAUUUUCGAUAGCAUUGAUAAAAUCUGUCGAGAUUCAGUUAGAUGCUGAACUUUGGUCUGAGUGUGAACAUAUUAAAGGACCACUAUAUGUUUUAAGAUGGAAUACAACAAACUACAAAGAAGGAAUUCAUACUAUUCGAGUAAAAGUUAUAGAUAUUGAUGGAAGAGAAACAACAGUAGUUCAACCAUUUGCACUUGAUAGAUCACGUUUAUCAUUUCGUAUUUUACCUAGAAUUAUACUUAUGUCUAACGUCAGUAAUAUCGGAAACAAAUGAACCGACCAAGAUUCAGAAUAAAAUUUUUUCAUUCUUGGAUUAGAAAAUUGUGGAUAUUAUCUACUAUUGAUCGUCUGUUUUUUCCUUUAGUAUUAUACGCAUUAUACCUAACAAUUGGUCCAUGGGCUAUUGGUGAAGUCAUAGAAAAUCAAACAGGUGUAAUUUUUGCUUGGGGAACAUUUAUUGGGAAAUCUUUUUUACCUGGUGCUUUUACUUAUGCUUACGGAUUUUUUCAAUUAUUUUCCUUUCAUCUGCCGCUGAUGCUGAUUUUAGCUAAUAGAGUGGAUAAACGAUUGCAAAAUACUAAACCAACUAGCAAACCAUUGUCUAAGAUUUGUUCUGUUUUACAAUAUUUACCAAUAAUAUUAUUAAUCAUGAUGCAAACAUGUAUGGCUUAUUUCUUCUGGCUAGCAUAUGGAACAUUGGCAACGAUAUUAUGUCCUUUACGCACUUGGAGUAUUUUUUUAGCAAUCAUGUUGUGGUAUCAAGUAGAUACAAUGCCAUAUUCGUGUCUAAGGUCUGCUGCAAAAAUAUGGUCUCCUCUUGGUUAAUUUAUAUAAAUAGUAAUAUAACUUACCAUGAAAGUGUAGCAAAUUACCAGUAUUAAUUUUGUGUAACAAAAAUAUUUUCAUGCUCGUACAUUCAUAUUAGUAAUUUAUAAAAUAUGUAUGUACAUAUAUAUGCAUAUUAAGGAGGUACUUUCAGAAAAUGCGUAGAAUUACGCAAAAUAGUCAGUGAAGGAGAUCCUCCUCCAUUUUUCUUGAUUCCUACGUACAUAUGUAUAUAUGUUUAUUUUUUAAAUAGCAAAUUUAAAUAGCCCAUUAUAGACUUAUUUCUUGUCUAGUAAAGGUAAAUUUAAAUUCAUUAUACAUUGGAAUUAGCUGUAGUACAUCUGACAAAUCUAGAUUGGUAUAAAAAAAUAAAAAUUUUGUUGCUUAUGUUAUCAAAACAAAGUUGAAGUAACUACUAAAAUUAUUAUUUAUACUUGCACAUUACAACUUUUUGAAAAAUGCUAAAAGUAUUUACCAAUUGAUGAAGUUCUAGCGAAGACUGUUAAUAUUUACUAGAUGUUUAAUAACAUCUAAUAAUUGAUUUCAACAAUUUGCAUGUUAACUCAGACGUUAAAAUUCCUAUUUAAGAAUAUGUGUCCUUAAUGGCUAAUUUAAAAACUCUAUAACUACCUCUUUUUAAGUCUUUCAAUGCAUAUUAAAAUAAUUUUCCAUUUGUAACAAAAAUUCAUAUUCUUCCAUAUUGUUUUACAGAAGUAUACAUGAAACGUUAUAUAAUGGAUUUAAUCCAAAAUGAAAAAAAAAAUUUAAUUAUUUAUUUUACACCAUGUAUUAUGCUUUAACUUCAAGAAGUAAAGUAAAAAUUUAUCUAUAAAAAUAAUAGAAAAAAAAUGCAAUAACAUAUGAAAUUGAAAUUAUAUUUUACAUAUAAUAUAGUAGAAGAAAAUAUUCUAUUUUAUUUUAAAGAUAAAUUUCUUAAUUCAGAUGUAAUGUUUUUAUUCUAAAUUUUAUUUUGCGAUAUACUUCUAUUAAUAUUAUCUAGCUAAGUUUCAUUCGUAUGACAAAAAGUAAAAUUAAUUGAAAACUGAAAAUAAUAUGAAUAAAAUUGAUAAUUUCCUACUUAUAAAAGAUAUUAUUUUUCCUAAAGGAGACUUAAUUCUUUAAUUGUAAAUUCUUUUUUAAUAUCUUUAUAUUUUACUUAUAUAAUAUUUUGUUUGGGUUAUAAUAUUUUGUUUUGUUGGGUGGUUCAGAUAAUAAUAAGAUUAUUCAACAGAACAUUUUUCCAAAAUAUGGAUCAGUAUUUCUUUAAAAACAUAGAUUUUAUUGCUAUUCUAUAUUUUUGUAUAAACUAAUUGUUAUUGUUCUUGAACAUGAUCUCAGAACUAUGAAAAUGUGAUCUCAGUAGGCCAGUGAUUCCCAACCUUUAAUAAUCAUGAAUUUCUUCCAUAGAUAUAUCGUUAUUUUCAAAAAAACUUUUUAAAUAUAACUACAAGCUCAUUUCUAGUUACAAGUAAUUGUAUCAUUUAUUUUCACAAUAUAAUUUUCAAAAGUUUGUGGAAUUAUUGGGAAUCAUAAUAAAUAUUUCACUUUAUAAAAUGCGAGCAAUGUAUUUUGUAAACUGCUACAAGGAAAGUGAGAAAUAAUAUUAUUUUCAAAUAUUUUAUGCAUAGCAUAAAGUAUAUACUUAAUCAUUUGAUCGAAUAUGAAAAAUAUGUAAUAUAUACUGACAAUGACGCAUGUAAGUGUUAAUAAAUGUUACAUACAGCUUGACUAACUCGUAAUUAAAUGUUUAUUAAUAGACUAUAGAUAUUUACUUAAAUUUUUGUUUUCAUUAAUAUAAUUAAAGAAAUAAAACUAAAGUUUAAUAUAUUUAAUAGGAUGUAAUUCAGUUGUAAUAACCAAAAGUUAUUACAGGCAUAAAGCAAUUUCUC